AUGAUCCUCUUGAAUCCUCUAGUGGAUGGUUUUUGUCCGGCGACGCUGACGUUCGUGCCGGCCCGUCGAGGAUGUUCUUCUGAUGAAGACUGCCCUGGAGGACACAAAUGCUGUCGAUUUGACUGUGGGCCUGUUUUGAAGCCGGGUCAGUGUCCCUUACCAGAGAUGAUCCCACUGUGUGCUGAAAGCUGUUUCCAUGAUGGCCAGUGUCCUGCCACACAGAAGUGUUGCCCAACUACCGGUGGCUUUGCAUGCAGCGAACCACGUGGUCAGGGAAGAGGCCAGGGCCAGGGACAAGGCCAAGGACAGGGCCAGGGCCAGGGACAGGGUCAGGGACAGGGUCAGGGUCAGGGCCAGGGACAGGGACAAGGCCAGGGUCAGGGACAGGGACAAGGCCAGGGUCAGGGACAAGGCCAGGGCCAGGGCCAGGGACAGGGACAAGGCCAGGGACAAGGCCAGGGCCAGGGAAGCGGUCAGGGACAAGGCCAGGGUCAAGGACAGGGCCAGGGAAGCGGUCAGGGUCAGGGACAGGGCCAGGGAAGCGGUCAGGGACAAGGUCAGGGACAGGGCCAGGGACAAGGCCAGGGCCAGGGACAGGGCCAGGGCCAGGGACAGGGCCAGGGCCAGGGCCAGGGACAGGGACAGGGUCAGGGCCAGGGAAGCGGUCAGGGACAAGGCCAAGGACAGGGCCAAGGACAGGGCCAAGGCCAAGGCCAAGGCCAAGGCCAGGGUCAGGGACAGGGACAGGGCCAGGGACAAGGCCAGGGAAGCGGACAGGGUCAGGGACGCGGACAGGGUCAGGGACAGGGCCAGGGCCAGGGACAGGGCCAGGGACAGGGACAGGGACAGGGCCAGGGACAAGGACGCGGUCAGGGACAGGGUCAGGGACAAGGACAGGGACAAGGUCAGGGACAAGGACGGGGACAAGGCCAGGGACAGGGACAGGGCCAGGGAAGCGGUCAGGGACAGGGUCAGGGACAUGGAAGUGGAAGAGGUCAGGGAAGAAGUCAACAGAAGGGUAAGGGAUGUGGUCAUUGAAGUGGACAUGGGACUUUUGCUUAAUGCUUACUGGAGAUCGUUUCAAUUCAGUGUUCAUCCUAUGGCAUGGGUUCCUUGUUUGCUCAAACUGUUUUGAAAGCUUUUCGGUCUGUUCCACCUCAAAUAAAGAAUUGCUUGAUUUGAA